UCUUUUCAUGUGAAACAUUACAGUUGCCAGUGAAUCUGCAAUUCUCCAAGUGACACAUUUUGAAAUCUUUCUCAGGUCUAGUCGUCUAUGAGUUUCUCUACCACGCUUUGGAAAAUCGCCGUAUUAUGCAUUACGGUGUUAGCAACCAGGGCAGAAUCCCGAGAAGUUCCAUCUCAAGGAAUAAAGACGGCAAAUGGGGAUUUCUACAUCCCUAGCCCAAGAAUGAAUAUGGUUGGGAAUUUUGGAGAUAAAUACUAUUUCAUAGAAAGCAUACCGACACAAACGGAUUACUAUUCAGCGUUGACCUUUUGUCCCAAUGAGCAUCCCGCGAUGACAUCGGUGAGGGUCGACUCUCAAGAGGAACUUCGCUAUAUUACGAGCUAUGGGAUUAACACGACCAUUCCUGCAGGAACAUACUGGACCGGGGCCACGAGCUUUGGCCUUUACUCUUGGCCAGAUGGAAGUUUACUUGAGGACUUGUACAUUGACAGGGGAAAUGACUAUGCCCCAAUGUGCCUCUAUUUCCAUGGGUCCAACGCCGCUGGGGAAAGGUUGUGGGGAGAGCGGUGCAUUAAUCGACAUUUUCCAAUUUGUCAAAUUAUCACAUCGAAAUGAAUAGGUUAUAGUGAGAUUAAAUCACGGAGUGCAAAAUUCUUUUAAAACCUUCUUUUUUCUGAUUUCUUGACAACGCGGUCCACAAGCACACGUACAGAUGUCCUUGACAUAUAAAUUUCGAAAGUGUGUAAUGUAAUAAUCAAGUCAAAUAAAUUUUAAAUUGGUAGAAUGAAUGGUAACUAUCUAAAUGUAAACUGAAAAAGACCCUAAUGUAUAAUUCAUACAAAAUAAGUUGAGAUGAUUGAUUUAAUAAAUAAAAUAUGACAUAUUGCAA